UAGUUUCCGACUGCAAAAUCAGGCAAAUAAAACCAGCCGUCAAUGUUCUGUAAUGUCACGUGCUAUGCAUAUGCAAGAUUUUGUUUGUUCCCUUAUCAAGAAUUUGAGAGUCAUAACCAAAAAGAAACUCUUCCAAGUUCUAAAGAACUCAAUUCUAAAGAACUCACUCACUUUGAAAAUUGAAAAUCUUCUUCAAUUUCUCUGUGGGAAUUGAGUCCUUGAUCAUCAAAGUCAAAUUCCGUUUGACAAAUGUGGCAGAAUGAUUCCUGUGCCGUAUAAUUCAAUUGUGUGUGCCGCUGCUGGUGGUGGUGCACGUGAACCUCUCUUCAGAAACCCUUCUUCUUCUGCUUCUGUGUAUCUUCUUCAGUUCAAUUGUAACAGAAGAAGAAUCAACACUAAUAAUAGGAGGAAUAAUAAUAAUAAUUUCAUGGAUUCAAAUAAUAAUAUGAGGACAGAGAGUUACCUGCGCCACGUCGAUUCAAGGAAGCUAAUGCCAAAUGGCGCUGGCCACAUUCCACACUUGAAAGCUGUGAUUCUUGGUGAAGCUCUUGCAUCUGAAGAAGAUGAUCUUGUUCUUCCCAGCAAGGAAUUCUCUGAUCAAGCAAAUGUUCACUCACCUGAACAGUAUAUGGAGAUGUAUAAGAGGUCAAUUGAGGACCCUGAUGGAUUCUGGUCUGAGAUUGCAUCACAGUUCUACUGGAAACAGAAAUGGGGUGAGAAAGUCUGCGAUGAAAAUUUUGAUGUCAGGGACGGCAAGAUCAAGAUUGAGUGGUUCAAGGGUGGCAUUACCAACGUGUGUUAUAAUUGCCUGGAUAGAAAUAUUGAAGCUGGACUUGGUGAUAAAGUUGCUCUUUACUGGGAAGGCAAUGAGCCCGGUUUAGAUGGCAGUUUAACUUACUCUCAGCUUCUCAAUCAAGUUUGCCAGGUUGCAAACUACCUGAAAGAUAUUGGUGUGAAGAAAGGCGAUGCUGUAAUUGUUUAUUUGCCAAUGAUCAAUGAGCUCCCCAUCACAAUGCUUGCCUGUGCUCGCAUUGGUGCUGUUCAUUCGGUUGUAUUUGCCGGUUUUUCUGCAGAAUCUCUUGCACAGAGAAUCACUGACUGUAAACCGAAAGCUGUAAUUACUUGCAAUGCUGUUAGAAGGGGCACCAAACCUAUUCUUCUGAAAGACAUAGUUGAUGCUGCCAUCAAUGAUUCAGCCAAGGAUCCCCCCUCUUUAGAUGUAUGCUUAGUUUAUGAUAACCCAGUGGCACUGAAGAGAGAAGAUACAAAAUGGACGCAAGGUCGGGAUAUAUGGUGGCAGGAUGUUAUUCCUAAAUAUCCAAGUACUUGCCCGGUGGAGUGGGUUGAUGCCGAGGAUCCACUUUUUCUACUCUAUACAAGUGGAAGCACUGGAAAACCUAAGGGUGUCCUCCAUACCGCCGGUGGUUACAUGGUAUACACUGCCACAACAUUCAAGUAUGCAUUUGACUACAAACCAUCCGACAUCUACUGGUGUACGGCUGAUUGUGGUUGGAUUACUGGGCACAGCUAUGUCACUUAUGGACCCUUGCUCAAUGGUGCAACCGUUUUAGUGUAUGAAGGGGCUCCCAAUUAUCCUGAUGCUGGGCGCUGCUGGGACAUUGUUGACAAAUAUAAAGUGUCAAUAUUCUACACUGCCCCCACAUUGGUGCGGUCUCUCAUGCGUGAUGGUGAAGCAUACGUUACCCGAUACUCAAGGAAAUCUUUACGGGUUUUGGGCAGUGUGGGCGAGCCCAUAAAUCCAAGUGCAUGGAGGUGGUUUUACAAUGUAGUCGGAGAUUCAAGGUGCCCUAUCUCGGAUACUUGGUGGCAAACAGAAACUGGUGGCUUCAUGAUAACUCCACUACCAGGUGCUUGGGCCCAAAAGCCUGGUUCUGCAACUUUCCCUUUCUUUGGAAUUCAGCCUGUGAUAGUGGAUGAGAAAGGAGUUGAAAUAGAUGGUGAGUGCAGUGGUUACUUGUGCAUUAAGAAGUCUUGGCCUGGGGCAUUCAGAACUCUAUAUGGUGAUCAUGAAAGAUAUGAAACAACAUAUUUCAAGCCAUUUGCUGGUUACUAUUUCAGUGGUGAUGGCUGCAGAAGGGAUAAAGAUGGAUACCAUUGGCUCACGGGAAGAGUGGAUGAUGUCAUCAAUGUCAGCGGACACCGUAUUGGCACAGCUGAAGUGGAAUCAGCUUUAGUGUCACAUCCUCAAUGUGCAGAGGCUGCUGUUGUCGGUGUCGAGCAUGAGGUCAAAGGUCAGGGUAUCUAUGCAUUUGUAACGCUUGUGGACAGUGUUCCUUACAGUGAAGACUUACGAAAGGACCUUAUACUCACAGUUCGAAAGCAGAUAGGAGCGUUCGCCGCACCCGACAAAAUCCAUUGGGCGCCCGGCCUCCCGAAGACCAGGAGCGGAAAGAUAAUGAGAAGAAUUCUUCGAAAAAUCGCCUCCAGGCAACUGGAUGAACUUGGGGAUACAAGCACCCUUGCAGAUCCAAAUGUGGUCAAGCAACUUAUAGAAUUUUCUGAUUCCUGAAGUCCCCAAAACUAUGUAAUAUUAAAGGUACAUUACCAAUUAGAGGCUUAUCUGUUGAAGCUAAUAGUCGUAGUGACUAGUGAGAACACAAUUUUUUCCUUCUAGAUCUGUAGACUCGAGACUCAAGGCUCAAGUCCCGUCUUCUUGGACUGCGGAAUGCUUGUUCGAGUGAUGGAUACCACCAAAAGAUUUAGUCGUUUACAAAAAGUCUUUGAAA